ACAUGCACUCAGGGGCUUUGGUGCAGUCCAUGCUAGUGCCGUUACUUGUGAUUCUGCUCUGUACUGUGGAGGACACACUGUUACAAUCGGUGAGCCAGGUGGGAGGAGGUGUGUGCAGGCUGUCCUCAGAAGCUUCCAGUCGCCGCUGCCGCACGCCUGAUGGUAAAGUGUGCAGCGGGAGAGGCUCAUGUGACUGUGGCAUCUGCAUCUGCCAAGCCACGGAUCCAGGAAAGUUUUAUGGGUCUCGCUGUGAAUGCCACGACUGGGUGUGUGCCAUACAUAAUGGGAAAACCUGCAAUGACCGAGGCUACUGCGACUGUGGGACUGAGUGUGAUGAAGGCUGGUUCGGUGAGGCCUGCCAGUUCCAGGAAGACUGUACCCUCUCCGGCAAGAAAAGCAAAGAGCUCUGCAAAAACCCACAGGGAGUCGUCUGUUCCAACAGAGGCACUUGUAACUGUGGCAGCUGCCUGUGUCACAGUGAGGACAGCAGAGGCCUGAUAACAGGGCAGUUCUGUGAGUGCGAUGACAGCGAGUGUUUGGACGAGGACAGUGGAGAGGUGUGUGGAGGCCAUGGCCAGUGUUACUGUGGAAACUGCUUCUGUGCUGCUGGUUGGCAUGGAGACAAAUGUGAAUUCCAGUGCGACAUGAGCCCAUGGGAAAGCAAACGGAGAUGUACAUCUCCAGAUGGCAAAAUCUGCAGCAACAGAGGCACGUGCGUGUGUGGAGAGUGUAACUGCCAUGAUGUGGACCCCUCUGGAGACUGGGGGGACAUCCAUGGAGACACUUGUGAAUGUGACGAGAGAAACUGCCUCUCCACAUACGAUCGCUACACAGAUGACUUCUGCUCUGGUCAUGGACAGUGCAACUGUGGCAGAUGUGACUGCAAAGAAGGAUGGGCAGGGCAGAAGUGUGAGCACCCUCUGUCUUGCUCCCUGUCUGUGGAGAGCAGCCUAAAGAAGUGUCGUGGAACAUCCAAUCUGCCGUGCUUCGGACGAGGCCAGUGCCUGUGUGGUCAGUGUACGUGCCACCCUCCAGGGGACAGCCGAGUUCAUGGUAAAAACUGUGAGUGUGACGACCGCCAGUGUGAGGACCUGAGCGGAGAGGUAUGCGGAGGUCACGGGUACUGCUCGUGCGGCCGCUGUAUCUGUCAGGACGGCUGGUUUGGGAAGCAGUGCCAGUUCGCGAGGGCGUGUGACCUGAGUGAUGCCCAGAGUAAGGAGAUGUGUGAGACCUCUGAUGGGGUUGUUUGCAGUGGGAAAGGUUCCUGUCACUGUGGCCAAUGCAUUUGCUCUCCUCACGAGUGGUGGGUGUCUGGGGAGUACUGCGAGUGUGACGACAGGGACUGUGACAAAUAUGAUGGUCUUAUCUGCACAGGGAAUGGACUGUGUAACUGUGGCAGCUGUGAGUGCUGGGACGGCUGGACAGGGAACGCGUGUGAGAUCUGGGUGGGGGCAGAGUACUGACGAGCGCCUGACCGAGCCCUGGCUGCCCGGAGUGACCAGGACCACCGCCCUGUGGAGAAGAGACUGCAGACCAAACGAAAUUUUAAGGACUUGAUCCAAAGGCCAUAUAGCUCUAACCUGUUUAACACCACAUACAGAUGGGAACUUGGAGUGAGAAGUCACAAAUGAUGCCAGUUGCAGGUGAUUGGUUCAACUAUUUUGGUGGCUAUUUUUAAGUCCAUUUUAUUGUAGUCUUCAGAUGUCCUCUGCUUAAGGGAUAAUUCCUAAAAAACAUGCCUGACCAUUCAAAAUCUGUUAUUCCAUUAUAUGAUUAUUUUUAUUUUAAAGUGAUAAAUAAUAUUAAGCAUACUUAUUUUGUUAUUUGGUGGAAGGACUGUAUAAGACUAUGAACCAGUCCCGUUUUGAAAGGGGCAGAUGUCAGUGCAAUACUAAUUUUGUGUUUAAACAUGCACCAUGCAAUGAAACAUUUAACAGUUUCAUGUAUGACAUUAGCUGUAAUAUACUUGAGUACAAGAAGUCUAGACAAUGGGCCAAAUUAAUUGAACAUGUAUAUUUUAAAUUCCCUUGGCUUAUUGCGUGUGCAUGUGAGCCUGUUUUUAACAGUUUUCCCAGUUGGCAGCAAAAGUUCAGUCAAAGGUACUGUUUGAGGUUUUUAUUUCUUUUUCAUAAUAAAACAUUAAAUGUGCCGCAUGACACAAACAUUUUGCAUGAAAAAGAAUGCGAAGACCUUAAUCAUACAUGGUUACAAAGUUGUUAUAACAUGACAUAACUUUAA